AUGGGGCCGCUCAUGCAUCAGUUUAGAGAGAUUGAGACUUGCAUUGAAUGUUCGGCAGCUAACUUGCUUCAGAUUCAAGAAGUUUUCUACUUCGCACAAAAGGCAGUCCUUCACCCAACAGCCCCAUUGUUUGAUCAGGAAACCCAAGCUUUAAAACCUCAAUGUAUGAGAGCACUGAAGAGGAUAUUUAUCCUUUGUGAUCAUGAUAUGGAUUGUGCUCUUAAUGAUGAAGAGCUCAACGCAUUUCAGGUUAUGUGUUUCAGUGCUCCUCUGCAACCUGCUGAAAUAAGGGGUGUUAAAACUGUGGUUCAAGAGAAGUUGCCUGAAGGAGUUAAUGAACGUGGCCUUACCCUAACAGGUUUCCUGUUUCUUCAUGCUCUUUUUAUAGAGAAGGGCCGAAUAGAAACCACAUGGGCUGUUUUGAGAAAAUUUGGGUACAAUGACGAGCUAAAACUCAGGGAUGAUUACUUAUCAGUUGUCAACAAAAAGGCUCCAGAUCAGAGUAUUGAAUUGACAAGUGAAGCUAUAGAGUUUCUAAAAGGAAUCUUCAGCACGUUCGAUGAUGAUAAAGACGGAGUUCUUAGCGAGACUGAGCUUGAAGAUCUAUUUUCAACUGCACCAGUGAGUCCCUGGGACGAAGCUCCUUAUAAGGACGCGGUCGAGAGAACUCCAUUGCAUGGAUUAUCUCUUUCAGGAUUUCUAUCAGAGUGGGCUCUUAUGACAUCUCUGGAUCCUGCUCAGAGUGUAGCAAACUUAAUAUAUGUUGGCCACAAUUGCAACGCAUCAUCAGCGCUACACAUCACUAGGAGAAGAUCGUUAGAUAAAAAGAAGCAACAAACUGAAAGAAAUGUUUUCCAGUGCUAUGUUUUCGGACCUAGCAAAGCUGGGAAGUCUGCACUGUUAACAUCGAUGCUGGGAAGGCCUUUCUCUGAGAACUAUACUCCGACAGCUGAUGAACAAUAUGCUGUGAAUGUCAUUGAUCAACAUUCGGGUAACAAGAAAACUCUUAUACUUAGGGAGAUUCCAGAAGAUGGAGCUAAGAGACUCUUAUCCAAUAAGGAAUAUCUGGCUGCUUGUGAUGUAGCUGUUUUCGUGUAUGACAGCUCAAACGAGUACUCUUUUAAAGGGGCAACAGAAUUGCUCUCGCUCGUUGCAAGGCAAGGGGAAGAAAGUGGUUUUGGGAUGCCUUGUCUCCUCAUUGCAGCUAAGAACGAUCUCGACUCUAAUGCAAAAGUGAACAUAGACUCCGCAAAGAUUUGUCUGAACAUGGGUAUUGAUGCACCUAUUCCCGUGAGCGUGAAGGAUAAAGAUCUGAAUGACAUGUUCUCCAGAAUUGUAAAUGCUGCCGAGCACCCUCACUUGAGCAUACCCGAGACAGAUGUUGGCCGCAGCCAGAAGCGGUACCGCCAGCUUGUCACACAUACUAUCAUGUGUCUCUCAGGUACAACCCUCAAUAAUUUCAUGAUAUGGUAA